GUGGCGCUGUGGCUGUCGUAGAGUUGGUGGCUGACAGUAAACAGCGAUUAUUUGAUUAAAGGAUUCUUCUAAACUGAGAAAUUCUAUUUAUUUUCAGUGGUGAAGUAACAGUUGAUUAAGAUGGCUGAAAAAUUUGAUAACCUGGAGGAGCAUCUGGAGAAAUUUAUCGAGAAUAUCCGACAGUUGGGAAUCAUCGUCAGCGACUUCCAGCCUAGCAGCCAAGCAGGACUCAACCAAAAACUAAAUUUCAUGAUAUCUGGACUACAAGACAUCGAGAAGUGCCGUCAGCAGCUUCACGAGAUCAACGUACCGCUGGAGGUCUUCGAAUACAUUGACCAAGGUCGAAACCCUCAGCUGUACACCAAGGAAUGUCUGGAGAGAGCCUUGGCAAGGAACGAGCAGGUCAAAGGGAAGAUUGACACCAUGACGAAAUUCAAGAGCCUUCUAAUCUCAGAGCUCAGCAAAGUCUUCCCAGAGGAGAUGUCCAAGUAUAAGGCUAUACACGGAGAGGAUGCUCCCUCCUAGUGACUGCUGCACCAUGACCCCUGACCUUCAACCUGUGACUCUUGAAAUGAAAGCCUGAAUGGAAUUGGACCGAGCAGGAUCCUCAGUGGUUGCCAGCAGAAUAUGAUAAUAAAACAAUAUUAUUUUCCGUAAAUAUUGCAAUGUUGUUGCUGACUAGUACCCCGAAGGAGAAGGUUUUCUUUCUGCUGGGCACCCUGACUCAGCCAAUCCUUUCCUUUUACCUACAUUCAAACUUCAUUUAAAGAAUUACAAAUCAACAGCAAGGGCGAAGCAGAGAGGAGAAACAAAUCAUUUUAUGUUGCCAGGAGACACAUUUUGGUUUUAAUGUCCCCGCUGAAGCGUGGACACCGAGUAAGCAGCAGGAGCGAUUUCUCCAACUCCCGUCUGUACAGAGGAAAAUGUUCAAGAGCUACCAGGCGCCUGUCUGAUUCUGCAUUAAGGAAUUUACUCCAUUGGUUGUACAUACACUAUAUUUAUACUGACGCUCCCCUUUUGUAAUGCUUCCUCAUCAUUGUGCAACAUACAUUUGCACCACACACAGUUCAUGACAUUUUGUACCAAGCUCAGGUUUCCAAUGGCCAUGAUUAUUGAAUGCAAAUGUUCUUUGAUGGUAAUUCUGUGCCUGAUCACUUGACGUGGUCAGAAAUGAGUCCUCUCUUUAUUUGUAACUUGUUUGUAUUAUAAUUUUUGUUAUUAAACGAUCCUUGUCGGA